UAAGUUUUGCAUCCUUCAGCAAUCCCAAACUAGAGAAACUGUAGAAUGAAUACAUUUCUUUAAGAGAAUAAAGCCGUAAGCAACACUAAAGGAGGAGAGAAAACUAUACAUCCGGUCAGGAGACGUCUGAACACGCUAAUCCACUGAAAACCAAAACUAUCCUCUGCGGGGUGUGCGCCUCGCGUAAUGUCAGUUUCGAAGGCGGAAGUAACUGAUUUGUGGUUAGAAAUGGCGCUGUCAAGACGUAUUGCACUUGCUGUUAUGCUAAUAUUAACUGCUACAUUAUGGCACGUUGCUGCAAAGCCAAAUACUGUGAAAGUUAUCACGGACGAAAACUGGAGGGGCAUUCUGGAAGGAGAAUGGAUGAUAGAGUUCUAUGCACCAUGGUGUCCUGCGUGUCAAAGUCUCCAGCCAGAGUGGAAUGAAUUUGCAGACUGGGGAGAAGAUCUAGAUGUCAGCAUUGCUAAAGUGGAUGUUACAGAACAACCAGGUUUGAGUGGACGUUUUGUCAUCACAUCACUUCCUACAAUUUAUCACUGCAAAGAUGGAGUAUUCAGGCGGUACCAGGGAUCAAGAACAAAAACUGAUUUUAUAAGCUUCAUAGAUGAGAAGAAAUGGGAAGAAAUCGAACCUGUGUCUUCCUGGUUUGGUCCCUCUUCUGUUUUAAUGAGCAGCAUGUCAGCUUUGUUCCAGUUCUCCAUGUGGAUUAGGAGUGUCCACAGUUAUUUUACGGAAGAGGUUGGUCUGCCAGUAUGGGGAUCAUACACCAUUUUUGCUCUGGCAACACUUCUGUCUGGCCUGACACUUGGACUGAUUCUCGUCUUUGUAGCAGAUUGCUUGUGUCCAUCAAAGCGUUGCAAACCAAAAUCAUUUCACUACCCAGACAAACUAACCCCUGAAGCAGCCAAAUUAAUGAAGGAGUUGGAAGCAGAUGAUGAGCUAGAAAUGUCAGAUAAAGAUGAUGACGACGAAGAACUUCCACUGGAUGAAAAUACCUUUCAAACUUCAGUUAGGAAGCGGAAAACAGAGGCUGGUGACAGAAAUGAUGACUCCUAAUUACAUCUUGUAAUAUGGAAGCAUUCUGUAGUUGCACUGAUAUGUUAGACUGCAGCAGGGAACAAAAGGUUCAGAACCUCAUCUCUUUCAGAAUGCAAGCUUAAUGAACAUUCACCAGGAUUCAUUUAGGGGUUCUGCUGUGACUUUGGCUACAUUAUCAAUGCAGCUAUGGUACUUGGAGAAAUUAAAACGAGAGGUACCGAGUGUUACUUGGUUUAUUGAUGGGUUUUGUAUUAAUGCAUUUUUCUUUCCCCAUAGGAACUGAUGUGUUGUGGCUAUAUCUGGUUCCAGGCAAUCACUAUAAUAUUACUUUUUCAUUAAAACUGAUGGCUCAUUAAGCCUUUGUUUGCAGUGUUGGAGACAUCGGAGUGACAAGCAUAGAAUACAUAGUGAAGUUUACUACAAGGCUUGUUUUAUUGGACAAAAUCGUUUAAGUCAAAAUAACAGCUUUGGUUCAUAACUCAUUUAUAUGUAUUGUACAACCCCUGGAUGAUGAAGUUACAGCUACCCCCUUUUCAUCUGCAUUGAAACUUGGUACUUCGCUGAAAAGUCAAUUUCAUCAAGUUCAAAGAUUUUGGUCAUUUGUCAGAAUACUCCGUAUCAGAGUGACUCCUACAUUUCCUUGCUGUUUCCGUAGUAAAUAUUUGAUAUUACUAAUUUGAAAGAAGAAUGACUUAAUAGAAACUUGUGCUGAGUGCUGCAGGGCAGCUUGCUUACAAAAUAUGCUACUUGUAUGAAUGUGUGUCAAAUUCUAAGGUGGAAUGUGAAGCUUUGGUUAGGUGAGCUUACCGGAGUUUCUUUCUGGUGGAGAAAUAACAGAAGCAGCAUUGACUAAAGAUGUUCUUCGUGUUUCACUGUUGCAGUCAUCACAUUUGGGUUAUCCCUGCUGGGGUAGCCCGCGGCCUGCCUGAAUACCAGAGACUUAGUAAUUCUGCGUCUGUCACUUGAAGACUGAAGUCAGGUCAUCAGUGGUAUAAAGGAAGGCAGCCGAUGCCAUUACAUCAGUCUUUCUUGCAAUGGAGCCAGAAGCAGUUCGCACGAGUGCCGGUCGGCCGCUACCGGAGUUUCAUUUCCGAAUUGAAGUUGGAAGUCUUCAAAAGCUAAGUAACUAAGAACUAGCAGACUUGAACUCCAAGCAUGUAAAUAUUCUAAUCAUCUGAAGAGCCAAAAUAAAAAAAAAUUCUGUUUUUAAACUGUCUCAUGAUGCAUAUUACACUUUGCAGUUUCCUGAAUGUAUGAAUCUUACUCUUGUAUUUCAUCUCCAACAUUAUGUAACCUUUAUUUGUAUUUUGUAACCUUUAUUGUAUUGUAUUGCUCAUGGAGCUUUUCUCCCCGGGCCUCCACU